AUGGGUCGCAACGUUGUGCUGUCGGCCGGCUCUACGCUGCUCGGAGUGGUAGCGUUCGCGGUCGGCGUCGUCGCGGUGGCCACCCCGUACUGGGCGACAUUCGAGGACUUUAUAGGUGGCUCUGAGACUCUGCCCAAAUAUGGCAACGGGAGCCGUGUGAUUCUGGUCGACGAGUGCCAGACGGGUCUGGGAAACUGCUGCGGACAGUACACGACGGCGGCGGGCGUGUGCGGCGUGAUAGCUGUGAUGGUGACGGUCCUGCUGUGCGUGACGUCACCGAUGGUGCUGGCGAUGCGCGUGACGCGCCGCCAGGUGUUCGUCAAGUUCCGCACGGCCGUGCUGGCCAAGCUGGUCAUCAGUUGUCUCGGAGUGACCAGCUGCGUCCUCUCGCUGAUCCUGUUCGGCAUUGACCUGGACGCCCGCAAGCUGGGGGAGGAGACCGGAUACUACGUCACGAGAGCUUGGUCCUUCUACCUGCUGGUGCUCUUCCUCGGCCUCUGCGUGACGCUGUGCGCGUUCGCCGCCGCCGAGUUCGUGCUGGCCCGCCGUCUGGGCGGUGACCCGGUCAAGAUGGCGCGCGACCCAAGCGGCACGCUGGCGCCCGUCAUCUCCAACCCGGCGGCGCGCGAGACGCGGCUCGCCUCGCCCACCGCCAACGGCGUGACAGUGAUCGUGGCGCAGCAGCCGCGCCACGUGCAUCUGAAGAAGAAGCGCGUGGAGAAGCGCGAGAGCUCGGACGAGUCGAUCGACUCGGGCGUCAUCAUCAUCGGCAACCCGACGCCUGGCUCGCCGGCGCCCGGCCGCAGCAAGAAGGUCAUCGUCGUCCUCAGAACCUGUCAGAAGCGGUCCUCGGACGCCCGUCAGCGUUCGAUGACCGACCCGCGGGCGCUGGGCAUGACCGGCGGCAAGAUCGUCAGCGCCAGCCGAUGA